AAUCCAAAAAUCAACCUCAAAAAACAAGAGGUAGAGAGAGCUUAUAGUGCGCCUAAAAGGAAAUUCUGAUAAUAUAAUGGUUCACCGAACAAACUUCAGGACUAACUGGUAAUUUGGAAAAGUUGCACGCUCUUUUAUUACCGAUUGCUCCACUCUCUAGAACCCCAGAUGGCCAGAAGAGGUCUAGAACUAUUUGUAAGCAGAUUAUCAUUUUACACGACUGCUGAAGAAUUGAAGAGUCUGUUUUCACCAUUCGGUCUGGUUACGCAAGCUAGGCUUGUUAUUGACCCAAUAACGCGAAGGACUAAAGGGUUUGGAUUUGUCCAGUUUGAUUCAGAAACUGAUGCUCAAAAUGCGUUAAAGGCAAUGAAUGGCAGGAUAGUGAAUGGCAGACUGAUUUUUGUUGAAGUUGCAAAGACCACAAGAUCUGAAAAUCAGACAUCCUGAGACUUAAGUUCUCGCGUGCAUUACUUCUACGGAUCUGUAUAAGCAGGCAAAAGCUCCAAAUGUCAAUGGCAAUGGGAGAACUCUUGACUUUUUCUCAAUCCUCUUUACUUCUACUGCCUAAGUGUCAGCUCCAACAUUCUCUGCGAGCAUGGAAUCCCGCUGCACAGAAUCUAGCAUCAACAUUAGCAGUUUCCUCUGGGCAUUUCUUAGCAACGAAGUUAGUGUUAUCUCCAAUUAAGUGUGUACCAAAAAAACACGUUUUUGGGGGGAUUAGAGCAACUGUCAUCUCAGAUUCUAAAAUGCCUACUACUUUCACAGUCGAUUCAGCUGGGGAAGGGGUUGAUGUGCUACCAGACACUGGAGGGGGUGGAAAUGACUUUGGCAAUGCAAGUGGUAAAGGAGGAGGUGGUGGUGGAGGCAAUAAUGGGGGUGAUAGUAACGAUAGCAAUGAGAGUGAAGGGGAUUCAGGUGAAAGCAAGGAUGAAAACCUUGGGAGCAGCAAGAAGACUGCACUUUCCAUGUCUCAAAAGUUAACAUUAGUCUAUGCUUUCUUGGUAGGAGCAGGUGGACUCAUGGGCUAUUUGAAAAGUGGCAGUCAGAAGUCAUUGAUUUCUGGUGGACUAGCAGCCUCGCUACUGUAUUAUGUCUACACAGCUCUUCCUACAAAACCUGUUUUUGCUUCAUCCCUUGGUUUUGGGUUGUCUGCUGCUCUCUUGGGAGUGAUGGGUUCUCGCUUUAAAAGAUCAGGAAAGAUUUUUCCAGCUGGUAUUGUCUCGCUUGUGUCCCUUAUCAUGACUGGGGGCUAUUUGCACGGAAUAAUGCGCACUGCACACUAAUGAUGUUUAAGAUGCAUAAACUUGUUAGGUUUUCCUUAUGUUUUGCUUGUUGCGAGGUUUGUGAUCUAUGACCGUAUUUGUUACCAUCUUGUUCAGGUACUUAAUGUUUACUUUUCUGCAAGAGUUUUAAUGUUUGAUUCUGGUUGGAUUACCUUAUAAUCUCCAGAAGAGCAGACGUUAGUUUCUUUUACCUUAGAAGGGAGUAGAUUUAGGUUCACAAGUGGGAAAUCCCUGCUGUUUCAAGGGAAGGGGGAAGUUGGAUUUGCAGGUUACUUUGGUCGAUCACUUGCCCUUGAAGCAGAAACUUUCAAAAUUAUUUUGAAGUGCUUGUCAUGUUUAGUUUCUUACAGCUUAUGAAUAAAUUGACCUAUCAA